AUGAAGUGCAAGCCCAACCAGACGCGCACCUACGACCCGGAGGGGUUCAAGAAGCGGGCGGCGUGCCUGUGCUUCCGGAGCGAGCGCGAGGACGAGGUGCUGUUAGUGAGUAGCAGUCGGUACCCGGACCGCUGGAUCGUGCCGGGCGGGGGCAUGGAGCCCGAGGAGGAGCCGGGCAGUGCGGCUGUCCGAGAGGUGUUCGAAGAGGCGGGAGUCAAGGGGAAGUUAGGCCGGCUCCUGGGCAUUUUCGAACAGAACCAAGACCGCAAGCACAGAACGUACGUGUACGUACUGACCGUCACCGAGAUUCUGGAGGAUUGGGAAGAUUCGGUUAGCAUUGGAAGGAAGCGAGAGUGGUUCAAAAUCGAAGAUGCGAUCAAGGUUCUCCAGUGCCACAAGCCCGUGCAUGCCGAAUAUCUGGAGAAACUAAAGCUGGGCGGCUCCCCAACCAAUGGAAACUCGGUGGCCCCGUCUCUGCCACAGAGCGAUCCCUAAUGAACAGCAAAGAUCUGCAGGAUGGCUUUGAAAGAAUCAUUGAUGUGAACCACUGAUCAAUGGAAUUUUCAAGUGGAGGUGAGCGUUUCUGAAAAUGUUUCCAAGGAGACAGCUCAUCUGAUUUCCCUCCUGUAUCUUGGGACACUCUUUACCUGUCUAUGCCACUGACUUUUCUUGCCCUGGUUGUUGUACUAUUGUACAUGAACAGACUCUGAUUUCAGCACCUAUAGCCUAUUGUUGCGCUUUUUUGAUGUAUCUGCCUUCUCCAUUAGACUGUGAUAUCAUUGAGAGCAAAGACCACAUUUCCUUACUGUUUGCAUAUUCUGCAUAUGAAACACUACUUGAAAUUUGAUUGACACCUCUGAAGGUUCUUUGAAUUCACAUUUUGUAAUCACUAUGUGGCAAAACAUUCCCCUUUCGAUUGGUGCUAGUAGAAUAUAUACUGUGUGGGCACCGAGUGUGAGGCUUUCCCAUAUCAGGUGUUUCAGAAACUUUUCAAGGCAGUUUUAAGUUGUUCAAGGACAAGAAUUAUUACCCAUAAUUCUCUGUCAUACCACAAAGUGGCUAGCACCAUUUUGAGAUUUACCCCAUCAUUUAAGGACAACAUUUUGUAGAACCAGUCCUUUGUGUAACAACUUUAGUGUUUUUGUACUGUUGUUACUUUGCUGAAAAUGUUAUUCAAAAAAUAUCACUUGCUAUAAAACU